GUGGGAAAUAUGGGCCAGCACUGUGCCGCGCCCCUUCCCAGGGUCCUGCCCUCAACUUUAGAAGUAUUUUUUCUUCUAUCUGAGUCCCUUCCCUCCCUUCGCCAAGAUGCUCUCCAUCGUUCGUUCCCUCCGCCCCACCGCCGUCACCCAGAUGGUUGCCGCCCGCGGCUACGCCACCGGCACUGUCAAGUGGUUCAACAUGACCCGUGGCUUCGGCUUCAUCACCAACGAGGAGGAUGACAAGGAGUACUUCGUCCACCAGACCAGCAUCAACAUGAUCGGCUUCCGCGGCCUGAUCGAGGGUGAGCGCGUCCAGUUCGACAUCACCGAGAACGACAAGGGUCCCUUCGCCACCAACAUCUCUGCCCCCGAUGGCCGUCCCCUGCACACCGUCCCCGGCCGUGAGCUCCGCCCCCCCGUUCCCCGUGACGAGGGCCGCUUCGGCUCCCGCCGCCCCCGCCGCUUCGACGAGGACCGCGAGUAAAUUCUCCAUGCCCUCAUCUGGACGAAUGGCCCACCCUGGUGUUGGGCCCCGCCUCAUGCGGUAAGAGAAUGGCCCGUGAGAGAUGCAGGGAGGGGGAUGAGAGCGGCAUCUCCAUGGCGCCAUCUCUCUCUCUCUGUCCCCCCUCCUCCCUGCUGAUCCCCUGUCCUUGCUUUCUCAGCCUUCCCCCCGCGCGGGCGCCCGACCGCCGCGCGCACCUCCUUCCUUGUCCCUCGCGCUGCGCGCGGGCCCUCACGCGUGUGUGGUUUGAUCUGCCAAGAGAGGCGCGCCUCCCUUCGUAAGAGGGGGGUGGACCGCACACAUGUAGGGGAGAGAAACAGAGGUAGGGGUCCGGGCGGACGGUCUGGUGAAGAGGGGAAGGAGCGAAUGCGGGCUUCUUCUCAUUACUCGUGAGUGUUUUCAUGGGAAGUCGUCGCGCGCCCCCACAGGGCAUGUCCCUCACCCUUCUUUCUGCAGAUAUAUACGCGCAUGCAUUCUCGUGCCCCCUCUCCCCUUCUCUCCUCCGUCCAGCCCUCCCUCUCUCUCUCUCUCUCCUCUUCCCCCCUCUUGGCCUGCUUCUCCCCUCUCCCGUUCACAUUCGCCCCAAUAAAAUAUAUAUAGUAGCCCA